CCAAACCAUCUUCCCGCAGUCGCCGACUCUCCUCCUGUAAGCUCUCUCUCUUCACGCGCGCGCACACACGCUCACCUCUCACGAGUUAAUUGGUUUACAGAUGCGGGUAACUCCAGCGUUUUCAUUGACUUUAGGGAUUUAUACUGUUUUCCAGAAGACCCAAAGGCCUCAUCGAGAACGAAAUCCAGAAAAAAAAAGAUAAAAGAAAAAAAAUCGAUUACCGGGGUCUCGCUCGAUGUACUUUUGGGUUUUCGAUUUUAGUUACAGCGUAGCUGUGUAGUAGAGACAGAAAAUUUGAGGGAGAGGUUUAUCUAUUGGUCAAGGGUUCUGCCUUUCCAAUUUCGUUUGUAUCUUUCCUGUAGCGAAUCUGGAAUUCAAUAAAAAGAUUGAGGAAUACUGCUUUUAUUUUUAUUUUUUUCAUUUUCUCAGUUGAUUGAUUGUUCGCGAUAACCUAAUUGUUGAUUAUGUUUUCAUGAGAGCUGAUUGUUAACUGUUAUCGGAAAUAAGAACGAGAGAUUUCUGUUGCUAUUUUCUUUGUUAUUUCAUUUUGAUGUUCUGAGAGAGUGAAAAAAAAGAAAAAAAAUAAAAAUUAUUAGCAAAGAGAAGGAACUGCGUUGAAUUGCUGAGAAGGGUUUAGUUAAUGGGUAGCCCUGGAUCAAGUGCUUUGGCUACUGCAACUCGUGUCGGAUUAUCCGAGCCCAUCUCGACUGGUGGCCCUUCAGAAUCUGACGUUUCUAAGACUCGUGAGUUAGAAAAGUUUCUUGUAGAUGCGGGAUUGUAUGAGAGUCAUGAUGAAGCUAUCAAAAGAGAGGAAGUUCUUGGUAGAUUAGACCAGAUUGUCAAGACAUGGGUGAAGAAUGUUGGCCGUGUUAGAGGUUAUAAUGGAUCAGUAAUUCAAGAGGCAAAUGCAAAGAUUUUCACAUUUGGUUCUUACCGGCUUGGUGUACAUGGCCCUGGUGCUGAUAUUGAUACCUUAUGUGUCGGACCUAAAUAUGCUACUCGAAAUGAAGACUUCUUUGGCGAACUUCACAGAAUGCUUUCAGAUAUGCCUGAAGUACAAGAGCUGCAUCCUGUACCAGAUGCUCAUGUACCGGUGAUGAGGUUCAAGUUCAAUGGUGUCUCUAUAGAUCUACUUUAUGCAAACGUGUCCCUGUGGAUUAUUCCUGAAGAUUUGGAUAUUUCACAAGAAUCUAUUCUCCAAAAUGUGGACGACCAGACUGUUCGAAGUCUCAAUGGUUGUAGAGUAACAGACCAUAUAUUGCGCCUGGUCCCAAAUAUUCAGAGUUUUCGUACUACACUGCGAUGUAUGAGGCUGUGGGCGAAGCGGCGUGGAGUUUAUUCAAAUGUCACUGGUUUCCUUGGUGGUAUCAAUUGGGCAUUGCUUGUUGCCCGCAUCUGCCAGCUGUACCCUAAUGCUCUGCCGAGCAUGUUGGUAUCCCGCUUUUUUAGGGUAUACAAUUUGUGGCGGUGGCCAAAUCCUGUAAUGUUGUGUCCAAUUCAAGAUGGAUCUUUAGGACUUUCUUUCUGGGAUCCUAGAAGAAAUUAUAAGGACAGAACACACCUGAUGCCCAUUAUAACUCCUGCAUAUCCCUGCAUGAACUCCAGCUACAACGUCUCAACAAGCACAUUGCGAGUCAUGAUGGAAGAAUUUCAUCGGGGAAAUGAGAUAUGCGAGGAUAUAGAAGCAAACAAGCUUAGGUGGGAAACUCUUUUUGAGCCUUUUGCUUUCUUUGAAGCAUACAAAAAUUAUCUGCAGAUAGACAUAGCAGCAGAGACUGAUGAUGACUUGAUGAGCUGGAAAGGUUGGGUUGAGUCCAGGAAACGUUUGCUUACCUUGAAGAUUGAAAGGGACACAAGUGGGGUACUUCAGUGCCAUCCACACCCUGGUGAAUUUUCAGAUAAAUCUAAGCCAUUUCACCAUAGUUAUUUCAUGGGAUUGCGAAGGAAGGAAGGUGCUAACCCUCAAGAAGCUCAGCAAUUUGAUAUAAGGAUGACAGUCGAGGAUUUUAAGCGUGAUGUAUAUGCAUACUCGUUCUGGAAGCCAGCAAUGUGGAUCCAUGUGUGCCAUGUUAAACGGAAGGACCUACCUAUCUUUGUCUUUCCUGGUGGAGUCCGGCCAUCUCCCCCCCAAAGAAACUCCUCCGAGAGUCGUACGACUCUGAGAUCACUUGCCUCCUACCCUGUUCAAUCUGAUGCUGUUGUGAGCAGAAAGAGGAAGAAACUAGACGAACCCAAUAGAGGAACUAGCUUGACUGAGUCUUCAAGCACUGGUGCAUGUGCCAGUGAUGCAACUUCAUUUGAUCCAAGAAUUUUAAGUAAACAACCCGAACCUGAUAUUAGUGCCGCCAAAAUUGAAGAUGGAGUUGCUGAGAACCUCCCUAUACAUGCCCGGGAAAUUCCAGGACUUGAUCAAAGCGAACUUGCUGCCAAACCUUCAGCUUCUGCUGAUGCUUUCCCUGUUCCAAUGGCAACGGAGAAACACGUCACUGAGCAGUCUUCUGCACAGAUUCCUCUCGCACACCAAGCUUCUUCGGAAGUAUUCGAUGGGCUUGAAGGUGUUUUGAAGAGCGAAACCCAGAACAAUGCGGAGGCAGAAGGAGUUGCACAACCAGAGUUGUUCCCAGACGAGGAAGCUGUAGAAUUAGCAAUAGCAGGGAAUGGCACUGCCUCCAUUAUUCAACCCAAGACCGACUUAGAGGAGCUAGAGCCUCUGGAACUGCCCGUAUCAACUGCAAUCGCAUCUGCAUCUGCAUCAGCAAAAGUGCCAGCUCAGAAGCCGCUUAUCAGGUUCAGUUUCACCUCUUUGCCUAAGGCAACUGGUAACAGUGCAUGAGUCCGUGCAAUCAUGGAAUGGAACGACCUCUUGAGCUCGAGGAGUGGAGAAUGGUACGAAGGAGGUCUUGUUGCUAUAUAAUAAAAUAUCGACAAACUUGGUCCUUUUUGUUGAGAUUGGAUUGGAUUGGAUUUGGUGGUGGCGGAAUCAUGUUGUAAAUUAUACACUAAGUUCAACUGUGUAACGCAAUGUUUUGCAAUCCAAUAAAUUUGAAUAA